AUGUUUCGAACAAAACCAUCCCAAAAUACAUCCAAUCCAAAUCUACGAUCACAACAUAGAAAGGAUGAAUUAGAUAAUGUAGACGAUAAAAAAAAUAGUAACAAGACAAGAAAAAGUUACGCUACAAAGAAGAAACAAAAGCGUGAAUUUGAACCUUUAUCUUUAGGUAAAACUUACAUGAUUGUUCAUCUAUGUGCAGGCGAAAUAGCCAGAAGAGGUAAACCUUUACGAUUUAGAGAUGGAAAAGAUGAGGUCCGGUACCUUAUCAGUUGUCUUUUGGAAGACAAUCGUAGAGAAUUCGAAAAUGAAUUAUCAUAUCAAAAUAUACAUAAUGUAGUCGCCGGCAUACGAGUGGCAUUAAGAAAUUGUGAGCUUGAAAUCAUUACUUAUGAAAGUUAUCUACAAUUUACUAAAUACGAACAAGAUUGGCAAUAUGAUUUAAAGGAGGGAUGCUUUAAUAAAUUCCUUUCAAACCUUUCACGAUUAAGUCGAGGAAUACUCGUAGAUUUGUUUGAUUUAUUUGCCAUGACAAUGGAGAAUUCUCACAACAACCGCAUGCAUCCAACACGAAUCCUAAAAUCCAUGUCCCCUUACAUUUUUAAUGAAUUACAAUCGAAAACUUAUGAAAAUUUUCAGUUGGCUUAUCAAGAUUGGUUAAAAUAUUCGAACGCGUUAACUCAUUUAUUCUUGGCCUAUCUUAGAGAAAAGGCGUGCUCGAUUGAAUUACCCGAAAGGUUACAUUUACUGUUAUCUGACUAUAUCGAACGUAGGAAAAAAUGUUUGACGAAUAGUAGCGUUAGUGAAAAUGGUGAAGAAGUGAUUUUUGGCGAACAUGCUUUACCCGAUAUUACCAUAGAUUUGGACGAAGCCAUUGAUUCCAUUGAUAAUAUUUCUAGUUUAGACAAUAAACAAUCAAGUGGGAUAAAUAAUGGUGGUACGGGCAAAAGGAUUUAUUUCACUGAUAAAAGAACUGCAAGAGUUAAAUGGGAUGGUUUACAAAAUAAAGGAUUAAAUAUAUUAUCCGAGGAAGCGUUAAAUUUAUUAUUUGCUUUUGAUGAUGAAGAAAUAAACCUUAAUUCUACCAUUAUCGAAAAAGGGAAAAGUGUAAUGGAUGAGGAACGACUUGAGGGUCAAAAACAAAUUGACCGGUUUGAUCUGCCGAAAUUACGCCCUUCCCUUCCUGAAAUGGAUUUUAAUAAUGAUGCAUCAAAUAAAACCUUUAAUUUUAAUUUCAAUAGUGAAGAUGAAAUUCAAAUUGAACCGAAUAAUUUUAGGAAGAAAGAAUUUCGUGAAUCAAUUGAUAACGAUUUGAAUAAGUUUAAGAGUAAGUUUAAUUUACCAAAUAAUGAUGGUGAUUCAACAAAAAUCAAGUUCAAUGAAACAUCAAAUGAAAGAAAAGAGAAGCCCUUACGUCGUCGGUAUUCAACUGAAUCGAUUCAUAUUAAUGAACGCAAUCAUGAAGAAAAGGAAUGGAUUUUGAUUGAACAACGUUCUGAUCUAAUGAUCGAUGGCAAAAAUAAAUUCCUUACAGAUCGGAAAAAAAUUAAAAAUAAAUCAAAUAGUGUCAAGCUUACAAAUCGUGUUUCGAAUAAAAUGAAUAAUUUCAAUUUACCUUGGACAAGAGGUUCGAAACGAAUUAAUAAAAAUUCGAAUCUUUCAAAUAUUUCAGAACUUCCUUCAUCCUUACAGCAAAUCAAUAAUGUCGCCGAAAAAGAUUCAAUUAUACCUCAACCACCUUAUCUAAAACGUUCAAACACUUCAUACAAACAGGUAGAAGAGUUCCCUAAUCAACCUAUUGGUAAUGAACAGGAAUAUACUCAACAAAGAGAAGAUCAAACUGAAAGAUAUCAAAUGCAAGGACGAAAACAAAAAUAUCCAAAAGAACAAUCAGAACAUAAAGCUAAUUAUAAAUCAAGUGAAGAGCAAUUUAACGAUAUAUCCGAUAGAUCACGACCGAUCCCUAAAGCACAAGAUUAUCACAUGAGUCAGGAUCUUAAGAAGCAAGGUAACCUAGAAUCGGAUGAUGAAAGCAAGGACCACAUGCAUACAUCACAACAUAAUAAUGGAAAGAAGUCUUCAGAGAAACGUACAACUACGACAUCAGGUCAAAGAGUACGUGGUAAAGAUUUACCUUAUCCCGUUACUCCAAAAAAUGUUGGUCGUAACUCUUCAAUUACGAAUCAAAAUCCGUCUGGAGCUCGUGGUAGUCCAGCGCAAGGCCCUCAAAAUCCUAUACCCGAUUUACACAAGCAGCAACUUCAGGUACCGCAUAGGACCGAACGAAAAAUUUCGGUUUCUGGAAGUCGUGGUAGUCCUCAAAAUCCUAUACCUGACAUGCCUGACGUACCCGACAGACAAAUUCCGAUUCCGGUUAAUCCCGACAGAAAACCCUCGAUGUCUGGAGUUCGUGGUAGUCCGGUGCAAGGCCCUCAAAAUCCUCCCCCUAUACCUAACAUACCUGACAUACCCGACAGACAAAUCCCGAUUCCGGUUAAUUCAGGCAGAAAGAUUCCUGGGCCUGGAGGUCGUGGUAGACCGUUGCUAGUUCCUCCUAUUCUUAAUCCCAACAUACCCGUCAGACAAAUUCCGGUUAAUCCUGACAGAAAAUCAUCGGGAAAAAUUCAUCAUACUCCACCAAAUCAAUAUAUGCAACUACCCCCACAACCAACUCAGCAACAAAAACAAUAUCCGCUAUAUCCAAAACAAUAUCAACAACCUCAAAUAUAUCCACAACAAUAUUAUCAAAAUUAUCCACCUUCAAAAUAUCCUCGGCAAUAUCCAAGACCACCGCCACAACAAAAUUAUUACGAGAAUUCCAUGAAAAUUACUGGACAAAUUACCUCUAAUAAUUUCACAAGUCGAAGGCCAAUGAAUGCUCAAGUCGUUACAAAUCAAACUUCAAGGAACAUGCAAGUACCACCUGAAAACAUUGUUCAGUUUAACUGGCCGACACCGCAAGAAUAUUACUAUGAUAAUGUCAAUAUUUACGAUCAAGUGCAACCACAGCAUCAUUUAAAUCAAGAUAUUUAUUCUCAACGGUCACCGCAGCCAUAUUAUGGCGCAUUUCCAAUAGGUUCUCAAUAUCCUGAUGUACAACAACCUAAUUUAUAUAACAAGUUACGUCCUCAAUAUCCAAUGACAACUCCUUUGGACGUUUCUUUCGACAAUUAUAUUUGA